AUGGAUUCAAACAUUCAAUGGUAUUUCAAUCCAUACGAUCAAGUACAACCAUUAAGACAAAACGAAAAUCCACAACAAUAUCAACCAAUACCUGUUGUUAGUCAACCACCUUCUAAUCGUGUAUGUGAGGAUAUUCCAUAUCCUAUUGUACAUAAACUUCUUUUGAAUGAUCUCUUUGAUUUUGGAUAUGAAGGUGCACCAAAUAUAGAUCGACUUGUGUAUCAUCUCAAUAAUGAAGGUUUUAAUCAGAUUAUCCAAACUCAAUAUAAAACUUUC